AUGUCUGGCGUGCUGAGACUACCCCCCGAGCUCGUCCAUUCCAUCUACGCCUUCCUGGAGCCUUCAUACCACUUUUCCUUCGCUAUAACCUGCAAGUCCAUUUUCUAUCAAUCCGGGUAUAUCCUUCAACUCCAUCGCAAAGCCCAUUCAGGAUAUCGCGUUGCCUCGGACCGGUAUCCACAAGACGUCGUUCACCUCUUCCUCAGCGCAGAGGCUGGUUUCGGUCUCGAGGCUAUCGCUGCCUGGCAUGUGCGAGAGUUUGAGGUCUGGGGCAAUAGAAAGAAUUGGAACGAGUGGCGCUCCUGGCUGAUCCUGCCGGACGGCCGAAUUUCCCUCGCCAUGGAUGAGCAACCCUUCCGCUCGCCAGUCGAUCCUUCACUCGCUGAGGAUGAGCAUUCCACCCGCUCGCUGCUCGUCGAAAUUCAAUUAGAGCAUCUAGCCAGAUCUAUCCUCCACGACGACGACAAGAGGCUGGUUACAGCGGCUAUACAGAUGGGGGACGAUGGAUUCUUCAAAGCCCGCGCUAUUUCGUUGUUCCCUCGGCUCAAAGUCUUAAAAUUCGUUGAGAUCGAAGGUGGACACCCCGCAUUAUCCUGGAUCAGCGCAAUCGCAAGCUGGAGCAAGAUCCAUGGUCUGCCGUGGCCCCCUGGGCUUUUGGCUCUUUCUGAGGUUGCCGUUCACAUUCCCAUCAAUGUUGAGGAGCAGAUCGAUGAAUGCUCUACGGAAGUGAUUGAUCUUGGAAAUCUGCUCGGCCUCCCCAACAUCAGAAGCGUGUAUUUUCGAAAUCUCCUCCUUCAAUUCGAAGACGACGACCUCCUCUUGCCGGGUAACUCCACUGUUAGAACACUUAUGCUCGAUCAAAUUAAACUAGACAACUUCCGGCUACGAAAAGCCAUCUGCAACGCGCCCUCUCGACUCGAAUCCUUUGUUGUUCGUGGGAGCAUCGACCCGGCUCAUUUUCUGGACAGUGUCCAACAGUUCCCGCGCCUCCUCUCCCAAUCACGUUCAUGCGAGACCUUGCGCAAAGUCCUCUUCUACAACCCGGACCGAAUGCGCGGAUCUACAACUGACCUGUUUGAACCGGCUUAUAUCAAUUCCAUGAGUGGCCUCCGUGUGGUUGAUAUAUGCAUUGGUGACAUGCAGGUCGAAGCCUUUGCGGCAGCCGAUCACGAGAGUGUGAGGGCUCGAACUGCCACGCUGUGUGACAGAUGUUUUCAUGACAAGAUUGACCUGGGCGAUUAUUGCCACGGCGACCUCCCUUGUGAAUCCCCAGACAACGUAGAUGCACAGCCCGCCCUGCCCUCCGAAUCUACGGUGGUUGACGAUACGGAGGAAGCGCAGAGUAUCGGUCAGGAAGGUCUGAUAAACCGCGAUGACCUGGUUCGUCAAUUUGUCAUCGGGCUCCCUCAGAGCUUGGAGGUGCUACUCAUCCAUGGCCAGGAAGAAAACAGAGAGUACUUCGACAGGGGACCCUACGAGGAGAACGAAACGAUCGACGAUGCCGUCGUCGCCAUGCUCGAGAGUGGGCGUUACCCGAAUCUCGAAGUCAUCUACCUCGACCAGGUUGAAAGGAGCGUGGCCGAACCAAGAGACGUGGUCUCGUUCCAGAAAGCAAUCGCAGCGGGCAGAAAGCACGGUGUCUACAUCUUCACAGUGGCCAACCAGGUACACCCCCCAGGGAAAAGCCGAUUUCCCGCCAUGCCGGAUAGGCACGAUCUCAAGACAGGCCCGUUUCCUCGGAGGGGCGCCCGCUGGUAUGUCGAUCCUUACACGGGCUCCUGGGCACCACCAGGAUGCGGUGGAUGCGGGUUGUGUGGUGAUUGUUUGAGGUGCUAUACCGCCGAAGCUUGGGAGGCCUUCCGGAACAGGGCAGAUGAUUAA